GUUGUUGCUACUGGAGUUUGGAGUCGCAAAGAGUCAGAACUGAUUAUAUCGCCGUACCUACACCGGACUGAAACCUUUUUUUUUUUUUACAUUUCCAUUGCAACAGUUUAUGUAAACUGGUGUAUAUACUGUCUCCUAUUUUUAAGACAAAACAAGAUGGAACUUAACUCGCUUUUAAUUCUGCUGGAAGCUGCAGAGUACUUGGAGAGAAGAGACAGAGAGGCAGAGCACGGUUAUGCCUCAGUUUUACCCUACAGUAGCGACUUCUCCAGGAAGAAGACGAAAUCCUCGCCAAUAAACAGAAAAAGUCACAACAAUAGAUCAUCACAUAAUGAGCUGGAGAAACACAGACGUGCCAAACUACGGCUGUACUUGGAGCAGCUGAAGAAGCUGGUGCCUUUGGGUCCAGACAGCACUAGACACACCACACUGAGCUUGCUGAAAAGGGCCAAGAUGCACAUCAAGAAACUGGAGGAGCAAGACAGAAAGGCUUUAAACAUGAAGGAGCAGCUGCAAAGAGAGCACCGCUACCUCAAACGCCGCCUUGAGCAGCUGUCGGUGUCAGGAACUGUGGAACGUAUCCGUACUGACAGCAUGGGCUCUACCAUUUCCACCGACUCUGAGCAAGAGGUGGAUAUCGAAGGUAUGGAAUUCACCCCCGGCGAGGCAGACAGCGUGGACAGCAUCAGUGACCCUGAGGUAGAAGAGGAGGAGGAGGAGGAGGACCACUACAGUCUCCAAAGCAGCUCCAGCGACACCAGUUACACAGCCUCACAUUCCCACAGAUUGCAGCCACACCACUGUUAGACUCCUGUGGCCAGAUGAUCCCGCUUCUUCACCACCACGACCCACGACCACCACCACCGUGACUGUUGGCAGCCCCCAGUGUCGCUCAUUUCCUCCAUCAGAGCAGUCUACACAGGCGGCCCCCUAUGAACCCCAUUUGCUGAAAUGCCACUCAAGCCUUCCAGACAUCCCCUUCCCUGUUCCACUGACCCUACCUCACCCUGUUGUCUUCUGUCUGAACACACCCGUCCUAUCACGCCCGCCCCGCCCACAAAACCAAUCCACCGCCAGUCAGUGUAUUUGCAGGCUCAGGGAGAGCAGUGGGGGACUUCUGCAGUGAGAUGGAUAGCUUUAACUUGUUAAUCAGGAUUUGGGAAUCUCUGUGUGUGUGUGUGUGUGUGUGUGAGACUGUCUGCCUGUCUUUGUAUGUAUGUUAGACAAUGUCACCCAGUUCACGACAGGUUUUAAAACAACAUAACAAAAGCUCAAUGUCAUCGCCAUGAGGCAACUAUGAAGACAAGGCUUUAAAAUAUGCAAAUCACCAAUGUUUUCUUCUGCAUAGGGCUGGGCGAUAUGGACCAAAACACACAUGCCCACAUAUGUACUUAGUUUUUGUUUAUAUAUAUCCCGAUAUUUUCUACAAAAGUAAGGCAAAUAAGAAUCUAAAAAAUAUAUAAUUCAAUCUUCAGUGCAAUCAUGCUGCAGCAGGGUUAGCGCUUCCAUCUCAUGUUCCCCAUGACGACAGACGGUAAACAUUGUGGAUGCCGUCUUUAUACAGCAACCUUUAUUGCGUCCUUUCUGCUGUUCACUCUCGCUAUGCAGCCUCUCCUCCUCCGCAUCUCUAGGGGGGUGCUCAAAGCUAACAGCUGCUCCCCAGUGCAAACAAUUGAGCAAGAGGCAAGUUACAAACGUAACAAGAUGAACAUCCAUAGCUGCACACUUGCUUAAGAGGUCGGUAUGGCACGAAAAAACAAUAAGAAAGUACGACUAUAGCACUAUUAAACACUAAAAAAAGCAGUGAAAAAUACACAGAUGCUUUAACUAGCUUGCACUCGGGUGCGCCAUAAUGAAACAUGAGAGCUCCGCAUCAAAUCCUGUCUAUAUGGAUAUGCAUGAUAUGCUUGUUUUUGAUAUCAUGCUUAACAGAAAUAUCAAUAUUUUUUAAAUAUCGCCCAGCCCUACUUCUGCAGUAGACAACUUUAGGACCUCAAAAGCUGCACCACAGAUUUACAGCAAUAGUCACCCAAGUGUGAGAAGAUCAAUACAGUUCCCACGCUGGAAGCAGGAAACGUUUUGCUUAACACCAGAGACAAGGGCAACCUGUUAGCCUGGUUGUAGCAAAGAUGAUCCAAAACACUAGUACCAUAAAAUACUUUAAUUUGUACAAUUCAAAUGAAAUUGUAUUUUUCCGUAGGGCUAAUUCACCGUGGAAGUUAUCUCAAGGAACCGCUAAAACAAAAACCAUUGAUUCAAUUCCUCCCUUAAUGAACGUGUAAGAAAAUUACAUACUGUACGUUGUCUUUGUGCUAAACUAAACAAAAGCCAAGGUAAGAUGGACUAAAUCUGUCCACGUAUGUGACUAGUGCUGAUGAUUUUCAUGACACGACAAUAUAUAUAUAUAUAUUUUUUAACAAAUUUAUUCCAAACUUUGUAGACUAAAAAUCAAGCUGAAAGAGUGAGAGAGCUGCAGCAGAGAAGAGUCAGUGGGUUAUUCUUUUGAUUAUUGCCUCACCACUACUCCACACUACUGACCACUACACUAUAACACCAUAUGGUGCGGAUGGACUACUAUGGCAAAUGAAAAAAAAAACAAGCCUUUUGGAACUCUAUUCCUCAGUAGCGAACCGAUGUAGCAAAACAUGCAGGAGGAGGGUGCUUCCUCCGAGUGUUUCAAUGGUUCUGGUGGACCACGAGGCACCACGGGAGAUUUGUGCCUCCCCCCCCCCCACACUUUUUUAAAAAUGCAGCCCUGUCAUAUUUUCAUGCUUUUCUUGAGUGUGUGGCUUGACCUGAUUAACAAAUCAAAGCUACAAGUUCUGCACCAUCUUCUGAGGAUUUUGUAUCUAUUUCAUAGCUAAACUAAUUACAUUCAGUUAAACCAAGAUCGAUCAACCUCUCUUCUCGAACCUUCCUUUAAGGUUACAAACGACAGUCACUGUUGACGGAGUAGGCGCUUCUGUCGCUUUCUUUCGCUAUUUUUGCAAGCUUUGUGCAGCAACACUUUGAAAAAAAAAAGGGGCCACUUCAUCAUGUCAGGCCUCACCAAAAAACUAGAAAAGACUAGAAAAGACCUAAAAGUUCUCAAACAUAAAAAAAGAAGAAGCUAUAAUCGCCAGUGUACUCUAUUUCUCACAUUACCUUUUGUAUUCUAUUUUCCUACAUAUUUUCUUUGAAAGAAAUACAAAAAGUGGUUUAUAUAUACGUAUACACACACACAUAUUUGUGUUUACAUACAUACUUAUUAAUAUACUGUAUGUGUGUGUAUAUACUUAUAUACACACAUAAACACACACAAAACUGACUUAGUAUGUAUGAAUAUACAAAAUGUCAAAUACAAAGACCUUUACAGAGGUAAUAAUGCUGUCAGUUAGGACUUUUUACACAUCAUUUAUAUACAUCUAUAUUACCGUUGGUUACUUUUUUAAAUGUUGUUGUUAGACAACAAUUUCAUUCAACUCAAUGGGGUCUCAAUUCAAAACUACAUUGCCACCUGGGCGCACAUCAAAAAAGUAAGGUAAAAGCACCAUAGCAUAUGAAAAACUAACAAACAAAAUGAUAUAUUAAUUAUAGGUAUUUUGGAAACAUGUUCGGCUGUAAUAUAAACUUUAAUGAUUGGACCGUUUUAAAAAUACAGCCAUUAAAUGGGUCACGCCUCCCGUGUUUGUAGCUCAGCUAAAUUAGAAGUUAGCUUGAUAUGCUUUUGAAUGUGCAGCCCGGCGAAUGGUGCCAAUUAACAAUAUAUUGGUUUAAAAACAAAAGCUUGACUCACCGCGACUGAUGGUUACUAGCACAAGCAACAAUGGAAUCCGUGCAGUAGUUUCAAUCACGGUAGCGCUGACAAAUACAAAAUAUCAGCCACGGUGAUGAGCAGCAGCUAGCAAAGGCGGUAUCGUGCCAAGGUAGCAACCGGAACUGUGUCGCUGUGUCACAAAUUGUUCGAUACACAUGCUUACCGAACCUUGUCCGUGAAAUGUGUAUAACUUUUUUCUUUUAAUAUUACUUGGCAACGAUUAAUUUUUGGCAUAGUACAAUUUUCCCUAUUAAUAUUAUGUUUCUUUUUUUCUUCUUCAUAUACGUCCUCUCUGACAGUUACAAUGAAUUAUUAUCUCUGUAAAGGCAGUGUUUAAUACAGUCUCAUUAGAUUGUGUACUUAAUGAGGUGGGCGGUGAGUGUUUGUAUAGAUUCUAUAUCAUGAGUGACUCUCCUGCUGUGUUCUGUGCCUUGGUGAGCACCCCCCCUCCCUCCCUCCCAACCAGUCCCCCACCCAGUCCAGUCCCUACUCAGGUCGGCACCCCCCCCCCCUCCAACAGACUCCUCCAAUUCCUCAUCCCACCCAUCCACUCGCAAUCACAAGUGACGCGCCACAAACACUUCCAACCAGCAGGGGCUGCACAAGGAAAGCUCCUGCACCCUCUCGGGUCACCCUCCCGGGUCACCCUCUCGGGUCACCCUCCCUCCCUCACCACCACCACCACCUGCCAGUGAAGCCUAUGUCAUGACCACACAAAACCACACACUGGUAACGUCCCAUGGCAGCUUCUAGUCAGCCCCCCCAACGGUCACCAGGGGGGGCUUGAAUUGUCGAGGCUUGAAGCUUGUUGGUUUAUUUUAUUUUCUCAUGAGUUGACUUUGUGUUAGUUGAGUGGGCAUCACCGGGAGAGGAGCGAUUUCAAGAAUAUUUCAACCGAUGGCAGCUUCCGGCGUUAAUCCUCUGGCCUCCCGGUGCUCGGCUCCAUCAGUGUUACCCUUCCAUUCUGACACAGCAAUAUGACCACCGUGUGCUUUUUUUUUUUUUAAGGGCGGGGAGGGUUUUUGUUUUAUUUUUUAUUUUUUGGAAAACAACCAGGUGGUUUGUGCUUUUUGACUCUGUGGUGCAUUUAAUGGUGACCAACUCUUUUUUGAUGACCUCCUAACUGCACUCUCUUCAAAACACUGCAGGAGGGCAAAGAAAAAAAUAGAGACGAAAAAAAGCUGUUUUUGUGGUCAUUGACAGUUUACAUUCAUGUCAAUGAUGUGUACAUGACUGUUUGUAGCGUUUGACUUUUUUUUUUUUAGCCUGUUGGUUAACUGAGUUCAACUAUAUUAAUGGCAUAAAGAUGACUCUCUCGCACAGAACCUCCCUGUAGGAAUGGACGAGCGAGUGGGAUGAUCAUUGGUGAUGAGACUUUACACAAAAUCAUUCAGUGUUAGACACGUACACAGUCUGUACCAAGGAGUAUGAGGUCCAUGCUGAAAAGACACACUUUAAAAUUAGUGAAAAAAAAGAGGAAAAACACGCUACAAUGAGGAAAAAUUUCUGAAAUUUGUGUGGAAAAAAGUUGUCAAAUUCUGUUUUUUUAAAAUUAUGAGAAACAUUUGUAAAAUUGCAAAAGGCCAGAUUUUUUUGAAAAUUUGAAACUUUUUUUGAAAAUUGUUAGGGAAAAAAAUGUAUUCCGAGAGGAAACGGUGUUAAAAUUUGGGGGAUAAAAUUCCAAUUCUUUUUUUUUUUUUUUGCCUUACUGCAAUUCCAAUUCUGAGAAAAAAGUUGAAAUUAUUAGAAAUAUUUUACAUUUUGAGGGGAAAAUUUGUUAAAUGAGUAUAAUAAGUAUACAUUUACACUCACAAAAUUACCACUUUGGGCCUUUUCCUCAUAAUAUUACAUGUUUAUUGUUGUAAUAUUACAACUUUAUUUUCCAAAUAUUGUCAACUUUUCCUUAAUUCUCAUAAAAUUCCAACUUUAUUGUCUAAAUUCUGUGACAUUACUCUUGCAGUGUUUUUGUUGUCUUUUCAUUGUGGCUCUAAUAAUCCUUGUUAGAAUGUGAGUGGCUGACUUCCAAUGGUACCAUUUAGUUUGUACUGUAUGCAUUUGCUAGCCGCUAUGGAAAAUCUUAAUAACAAUGUGCCUUUUGGAAAAUGUAUUUUCUUAAAAAAAAAAGAGUAGAGAUUGUAUCUAUUAAUCAGCGACUGUUGCUGUAAAGCCCUCAGAGAUGCGUUCUUGUUGGAUGUCGAAGCUCCAAGCGGGGUGAUUUAAGAGCCUCUGGAGGGAUGGGGACGGGGGAGGGGUGGGAGGCGAGGCAUGAUCAUGGCUGUGGUGUAGCUGUUGCACAGAGAUUUAACACAAAAGCACAAUGUAAUGCUGAUGAUGGAGGAGGCUGCGGAGAAAGACAGAAACACCUACUGUGCAUUGGUGCUUGUCAAAUCAUUAUUCCUGCCAAAUACAUAGUCACUUUCAAACCUUUCCAUGCCCAAUGACUAGAACUGUGAGUUCAUGUUCGUAAUUCCAGAUAGCUUUAAGUACUUAGGUAGGCUUUAGGUCAAUGUUUGUAGAGAUUUAACUAUAUAAUAAAUAUAUAUGAAAAGACACCUGUGAUAUGUACGGGUGUGUAUGGAA